UGUUCUUCUGCUGACUUCUGGGGUGGGUGAUUGGGCGUCAGUGGAUGAAGAGAGAAUUCAAGAGAAUCUGUAGAAAGUAAUACGUGAUGCAAUAAUGUGUCAGCCAAGGACCCCAGUGCUUCUUGUUUGUUUCCUCGUGGAUCAGUGAUCGAAAUACAUAUGUAUGUACGAAUGUGAAUUAAACGAAUAUUAAAAAGAAUUUAUUAUAUUCUUUUUCAAUUUUAUUUAUUCGAGCACGUUUUACUUACGAAACGUGUGGAUUAUUUUCGCGGUUAUAGCGAAUGUUUGUGUUUUCUUUUCCGUUCGUUGGUAAUUAUGCGCGGAGAACUGUUGAUCGAAAGUGAAUAUAUUUAUUCGUAAUAUGUCAGAGAACAGACUUGACAUGGAUAUUGAUAAUCAAAGUGAAGAUGGAGAAAUAAAGAAAAGCCCAUCGAAGGAUAUGGAUGAUUUUAGCUUUUCAGAGGAGGAUGGUGGUGAUACUGCAGAUUCUUUGGAUAUAAAACCACCGCAGGCUAUUGUUCGACAUCACAAGUCUAACUCGUCUAGAAGGAGGGACAAACACAGCGAUAGGAGAGACCGCAGGGAAGAGAAAGAACGAAAGUCUCGGCAUCAUGAUCGCGGAGAAGAUAGACACAGGGACAAACACAGGCACCGUAGGCAUGGCGUUGAUCUGUUAGAGAGAUCAGACCGUUCGGAUGGUUCCAAAAGGGACAGAGACAGAAUGGAUAGGCUAGAAAGGAUAGAAAGUCAUAGGGACAAGGAAUCUAGGCACAAUAGAAAAGAGAGAACCACGGGUGAUCGUGUUUUGGAGGAUUUAAGAGAAAGGUUGCUGGAUAAACGAAGAGAGAGACGGGAGGAUUCGCGGGAUAUUCGAGAUUAUAAAGCAGAUACUCGCCGAGAAAUCCGUCUAGAAGAUCCACGCGAGUUACGCGAGUCACGCGAGCGCAGAGAAAGAAUGGAGGAUAUACGGGAGCGUCGUGAGCUUCGUGCUAUUGUGGAUGACAUAAGGGAGCGUCGCGAUAUUCGUAUGGAAGAACAUAGACACAUACGAGUGAUAGAAGAACAAUAUUCUGAAACAGAGCUUAUAGAACGGCCGGUGAGAAGCGAGAAGCGUCACAAACGAUCCCAUAAGCACGAUCGGCUUCGUGACAGGGACAGAGAAAAAGCAGAAAGAGAAAAAGAGCACAGAGAAAAACAACUACGUGAAGCAAUGGAGCUUGUUACGGAGGAUCCUGACGAAAUGGAGAUCAAUGAGAUACAAAUCCAACCAAAGGACCCGAAGGAAAUGACUGAGCAGGAGCUUAGGAAAGAAAGGUUAUUAGAAGCUGAUAGAGAAAUGGCCAGGAGAAAAGAAGUCUCUAGAUUGGAGCUGGAAGCACGUCGAAUGAAGAGAGGAGAGAAACGACCCCUUAGUCCUGAAAACAAUCAAGAUCCAUCGGUUGUAGAACUGUCGGAUGAAAGUCCGAGUCCUAUUCAUUCGGACGAAGUUCGUUCUAAAUCCGUAGAAUCUCGGCAUUCGUCUGAUGGUCAAAGAAGUAUACGUGAAAGAUCUUCUGACAGACAUUCAUCCGAUUCGUCUGAAUCCAGCACCGAGGAUGAUGAUGAAUCCAAUGAUUCGAACAAAGGUUCAAAUGCUGAUUCUAACGAUGGUUCUGACUAUAAUAAUCCUAGUCCUUUAUCCGUCGAUCGAUUAGCUAAGUCCGAUCACUCCGACGGGGAUUCACCUGGACAUGUCGAUUCAAAUGGCGCAAACAAAGUUGUAGAAGAAGAGGAAAAGAAAGAGGAAGUUCCUGAACUACCGCCAUAUCUACCAGCGAUUCAAGGCUGUAGAAGCGUUGAGGAGUUUCAGUGUCUAAAUCGCAUCGAAGAAGGUACAUAUGGCGUGGUAUAUAGAGCGCGUGACAAACGCACUGACGAAAUUGUUGCCUUGAAGCGAUUGAAGAUGGAGAAAGAGAAGGAAGGAUUCCCAAUCACCAGUCUGCGAGAAAUAAAUACUUUGUUGAAGGCACAACAUCCGAACAUUGUUACUGUCCGUGAAAUAGUCGUCGGUAGCAAUAUGGAUAAAAUAUUUAUUGUAAUGGAUUACGUGGAGCAUGAUCUGAAAUCAUUGAUGGAAACGAUGAAGCAAAAGAAACAAGUUUUCAUACCAGGGGAGGUGAAGUGCCUUAUACAACAAUUGUUGCGGGCUGUCGCUCAUUUACACGACAAUUGGAUACUCCAUCGUGAUUUGAAAACAUCGAAUUUGUUGCUAAGUCAUCGGGGCAUCUUAAAGGUUGGUGAUUUUGGUUUAGCGCGAGAAUACGGUUCUCCUCUGAGACAGUAUACUCCGAUUGUUGUAACGCUUUGGUACAGAGCUCCUGAAUUGCUACUGAGCGGGAAAGAGUACAGUACUCCUGUUGAUAUGUGGUCUGUAGGAUGCAUUUUUGCGGAAUUACUAAGAAUGGAGGCACUGUUUCCAGGUAAAUCGGAGAUUGAUCAAUUGAAUAGGAUAUUCAAGGAACUAGGUACUCCAAAUGAUCGGAUAUGGCCAGGAUAUAGUAAAUUACCAAUGGUGCAGAAAAUUCCAUUCGCUCAUUAUCCAGUAAACAAUUUGAGGCAGCGCUUCAGCUUAUCUUUGUCGGAUUUGGGGAUCGAGCUGUUAAACAAGUUUCUCACGUACGAUCCAUCGCAACGAAUAACGUCGGAAGACGCCUUAAAGCAUGGUUACUUCACAGAAGCACCCUUACCAAUCGAUCCUCAGAUGUUUCCCACGUGGCCGGCCAAGUCGGAACUCGGGGUUAGAACAGCAAACGCUUCUCCCAAACCGCCAAGUGGUGGCAAAGAGUACAAACAAUUAGGAGAUGGCGACGAUGCCGAUUUAAGUAAUUCUGGCUUUCACAUGGGACUCACAGAAGGUGGAAGACAGCCGCCCGUCGGCGGUGGUUUUCAUUUAAAGUUUUGAACUUCUGCAAAUAAAUCUAACUAAAAGUGACUUUAUGUUUUUUCUACAAGAAAUAAACUUUGUACAUAAAUCUUGAAAUACUUGGAUGUUUUGCAUUUCGAUUGUAACAAUAUACGAACAUGGAACACACAAUUAAAGGAUGUCAUAAAUUUAAU